AUGAGCAAACUAACACCGCGCUCGUUGCUGACACCCUUCGGGGUAGCUGGUUUCAUGUUCGGUUCAGCGCUUAUGUUGCUGCUCGACCUAAUCAUUGUCGCUCGGGGGGAACCAAAUGCACAAUACCGCGUAUCGUUGGUGUUAUUGCUUCCCGCUCUCAUCUCCGUGGUGGGUUUCGUGUUGCUUACUCGUGCCUCUCCUACGGAUAUCAGGAACAACGUUAACAGUGCAAAGGGAGUCGUCUUACUUGGUUGGAUAUUGUGCGUUACUUCUGCCACUAGCGCACUUGUUGUGUGCCAUAAGAGCUUCAGCGGCUUGCAGGGGCGAACGAGGGCUGCCCCGGGCGUUGCACUCGUGAUUUUUACGAAUUUGGUGUCGCUCGCCGGCUGCACUUUUUUGUGGGCAAAACAGUUUGCUGUUACUGGUUUGUAA